AUGGCAUCUCAAGCCAACGAGAUCAGCGACUCUGCCCGGUGGCUUCUAGUCUCUCGCCGCGAUCUCUCCGCAAACUCCUCCUUCUUCUACGGUGUCAAAUCGACCCAGAUCUUCUGCCGGCCGACGUGCCCUGGUCGCGUCGCUCGACGGGGUAACGUCAUCUUCUUCAACGAUCUACAGCAUGCCUCGGAAAAUAACGGCCGCAAGAUUGCACACCGUGCACAUGCCAUGAUUAUGGCCGCCGAGACCGACAAUGUCAAGUGGACCGUGGAGAGCUUGGCCCGGAAGCUGGGUAUCACCAGCGCGCACCUUCACCGGCAGUUCAAAAAGUGGUUUCUCAUGACACCGAAAGUCUUUGCUGCAUCUCUUGGUGCUGCAGAUGGAAGCUCAGCGGAACAUCCGAGACUUGAUGGUCAAGCUUUGUGCUCGGACUACAUGCUACCAGAGACAACUAGUGAUCUGGAAGAUUUAUAUGCUUUGGAUAACUUCGCAGACAACUUCACGAGUUGGUUUGCAGAAGAUAUGGACUUUUUACCGUCCCUGGACCUUACCACAGACACAGGAUCAUGA